AAAAUCCCAACGUUAGUGAGUGUAACGCGGUCUUACGCGCAAAACCAAAUUACAUUUUCAAUUAAAAAUAAAAUAUAAUAAAUGUGAAAAAAAAAUUCUGAAUAAAUUGAAGAAAGCCUCCCAUUUUCAGCUCCAACCCCCACCAACCAAUAACUAUUUUUAAAAGCUAACACGCUUAAAUAUCAUUUCUAUUAAAAUAUCCCUUUUUUCUUAGCCGACAAAUUCAUAAUCCAAGAUCAACAACAAAGGUUCAUUUCAAUUUGAUCUGGGUUUUUUUGCUAAAUUUUUUAUUUUCUGUAUUGUCAAAGAAAGAAUUAUUCUUUUAAGGCCUCCAUAAUCUGUAUUGUACUCCUCUGUCAAACUUACCUUUGUUUGCUGUGUUUUUGCCCUUCAUUUGUGCUGAUAAUAAUAGAAGAAAUCAGACAUCAAAUGGUGACAAAUGAUAUCCACAGUGAAUGUUCUAGCUCAACUUCAUGGAGUAGUCAGCCUGAUACAGAGGAUGAUAGGAUGAUAGCGCUUAUGCUAACUGAAGAAUACUCUCAACUAGACGGUGCUGUUGCUCGACGUCUCACUAACCUUGCUCCUAUUCCUGUUAUCCCAAGAAUAAAUUCCUUUAUCCCUACCGUAAAUGAUGCCAAUUUGGACCACCAACGGCUUCUCCAGAGACUACAAGUUUAUGGACUCUUUGAAGUCAAAGUCUCUGGUGAUGGAAAUUGUCAGUUUCGUGCACUCUCAGAGCAGAUGUUCAAGUCUCCAGACUAUCAUAAGCUCGUACGCAAAGAAGUGGUCAAACAGCUAAAGGAGCACAGAUCUCUUUAUGAAAAUUAUGUUCCAAUGAAGUACAAGCACUAUUACAAGAAAAUGGCAAAAAAUGGGGAAUGGGGAGACCAUAUAACUCUUCAGGCAGCAGCUGAUAAGUUUGCUGUGAAGAUAUGCCUCUUGACUUCCUUCAGAGACACAUGCUUUAUUGAAAUUGUUCCCCAGUACCAGGCACCUAAACGAGAUGCUUGGUUGAGUUUUUGGUCAGAGGUUCAUUAUAAUUCACUAUAUGAACUUAGAGCCGCUCCUGUACCACCCAAGCCAAGGAAGAAGCAUUGGUUGUUUUAGAUCCCUGGAUAUGAUCGAAGUCUAUUGAUCAUAAUUAACUCUUUUGUACAUUGUUUAUACUUCAUGUACACUAAUAUAAUAAAAUAUAUUUGAGUUAUUCAGCAUUAGGAUUAUCUUAUUCUUUCAUUUGUUGUCUUAAACAACCCUAUUUUUGAUCGAUUGGGAUAUGCAAGACUGUGAAAUUGCAUUGACAGAUGUUUAUAUAACUUAUUGAGUCUUUAUUACUCUUUUCUGUAAAUAAGUUGAAAGGUUUGAAUAA